UAAAGAUCAUCUGCAAAGCGGAUUUCAUUGGGAUGUUGGGAUUUUUUCGCGCUAGACGUUAUGAGUAAGAAGAAGUACGCAAUGUUCAUCGCAAUACAACUUCCAGUAGUAGCUGCGGGUGUGCUACUUUCUUGUUUCUUUUUGUAAGUAUAGUACAUCGAACUUUGAAAGAAUGGUGCGCACCACGGAGCGAUCACUGGGGAACUGUGACCCCCUGUUUAACCCGAAGCCGCCCUCGAAGCCCGCUUUUGAACUGCCGAGAGAUGGUAUGAGAGACAUUCUUCGUAAUGCUUCUGCUUGAUGCAUCGUCGGCAGAUUGAGAUUCUUCUUCUUGCAUGAGGUUGUGAAGUGUUACUUAAGCAUAGAUAAAAGCACGCACCUGACAAACUCAAACAAACAGAGCUCGUGGUCGCGCGAAAGGCGCAGCUGGCCCAGAAGGACUGGCGCGCCAACGAACAGGAGAUUCCCAGCGCGAUUGGCUGGCCGCUGACCUGCACGAAAGAGGAGAACACACCGCCAAACUGCGAACUGCCACCACCCAAGGACCCACCGUUCAAACGCUUUGCGAGGUUUGACAACAACGGUAUAACUGACAUAGAGUUUACUUGAGUCUAGUUCACCUUUAUUUUGUUCGCAUUAGCAUCACAAGCCAUGAUACCUUUCGUUUUCAUAGCUCCUACGCAUGACAAGCUGCAGUGAUAUUGUACACGUUUGAAUAAAACACAGAAACCGCCGCGGACGUGCGACACUACCGCAUGCGGGAUUAUCCGCCGAUGGGCUCGAAGGAUUGGCAACUGCGCAACAUCAUGCGAAAUAAAGAGAUGCAUGAGCAGGCGAAAUAUGGAACAGCGAAAAUGAAUUUUAUCAGUUGUCACAUGAGUUCCUUUCAAAGGAGCACAGCAAGCAUGGAAACCUAAGCAUAACAUCAUCUCCUGGUGUGGAGAAAGGAGGACCGUUGCCAUUAUACUUCCAGGAUAGAUCCGAUACAUCAAACAUGAUGAUGAUAAAAUCGCGUUCGCUUUUCCAUACGGGCGUCGAGGGGGAGUUGCGCAAGACAGCCACGAUGCGCGGGGGACCGGCGUAAGGACCAUGUCAUCAUCAGCUUUGGUAGAGAAAAAGAAAACGGGCUUGUUCGUAGUAGAGUAGCUUUUUUAGAAGGAUGGAAAUGAUGAGCGUAUUUUUUGCGAAAUAGCGAGACAAUAUUACAAUCAUGUAUCUAAUAUUGCAAUUGUUUUACACGACUUGCUCUUGCAUGCUGUUCUGCUUCAUGACUCACCUGCAACCGCGAUCGUCCAAAACAGAAAGUACGAUGAAAAACCUCAAUCCAUCGUGUAGAUAGCGUUGGUACUAGCAGCUUCUUACAUCGUUGGUGGCAAUGAUCAUA